ACCAGAUAUGAAACUCAACUAUCAUUCCGAAUUGUGAAACAUCUGCUGCUAUUUGAAAAGUUCGGGCAAAAUAAAUUCAUUCCGAACAUCGAGCUGUCCUUCCAAAGGAUCAUGAGUGCAUCCUCUUCAUCGAACGGUGGUAUUGGCGAAGGCGCUGGGCGAAGUGCCCCGACUGGAGUGUCUCAAGGAUCUGUGAAGAAAACCAAUGUUUGUUUAAUCUGCGGUAUUUAUACAAAUUUAUCCCUGAACAUAUUUGAACCGAGGAGCGGCCCCAAUAUUCGAGAAGUUAUCUACCAGAAGUACAACUUCAGGGCGGAGCGUGAAGACAACGAAGACAAAUACAUUUGUUACAGUUGCAACAAUUGGCUCAUCAAUUGGUACUCACUGCAACAUUUAUCCGAAACGCGAAAUUGUGAAUCUACGCCAUCUUCCAGUCGAUCUCAAGCGGAAAAUCGUCAGAAACGUACGAAAAACGGACGUUCCCAUUCAAAUGUUUCCUCUGGUACCUGUCCAGACAAGGAGAAUCUCGAGCAAGACGAUUACGUAUCCUCCACGGUUAGAACUCCGGAAAAGAAAAAUUCAUCGCAGAAAAGGAAACCGAAACGAUCGAUUCGCAAUGUACUGAAGGAAUCAUGUGAUCAAAAUAUGAUCUCGAGUUGCAACAACUGUAAUCUAGUCAAACCAUUCGAUUAUCGACUUAUCCGAAUGCUGGAAAAUCAGGGGACAAGUGUGGUCAAAGAGAAUAUGCCACAUACUGAAGCUUCCAAACCAAAUCGUGACAAUCCAGCAAAGAGGCCAUUUUUUGUUGGAAAAGAACAAAAGGAAAAAACAUCCAACAGUAAUGAAAUUGUGCUGUGUUUCAACUCCGCCAUUUCUGAAGUAGUUACAGCUAUCCCAUCUCUCAAAUCGACACAUUAUGUCGACCAAGAUCAGCAUCACGAACAAGAGCAUAUGUCUGAAUUAGAAGAAAACUUCCUAAAAACCCAUCGACUCUCUAGAUCUCUGUCCAUCUCCCUAAUCGAUGCGGCAACGAUAGAUAGAAACCAGGCUCAGGCUGAUCAAUAAAACAAAAUCUUCCUGUUCAGAAGUUCUUAUAGCAUCUGUCGAAUUCUAUUCAUUCUUGUUAGCACGUAUUGUUUUAGUUUUAACAAUUGAUUGCAGGCGAUCUCACUGUAGCUUACAUAUUCGACUUAAAUUUCAAACAUUCAAGUGUAUUUCACCAGUUUGAAAGGAUGACAAAAGACUACAAUUCGUUCGUACGAGAUCUGUUUACUAAGUCACAAGUAUACCAUGAUAGACAUGCUCAACACUUUUUUAAGCAGAGUUCGUACGUUUUCAUCGACUAAAGAUUCAAAAUGAAACCAAAUAUUAAUAUCAUGUUUAAAUAUUUGCAUUAAAUAAUACGGAUAGUUUUGUUUAGAAAAAAAAACUUAUGAACAUAUGUAUGAAUUUAGACGUGCGAAGGAUUAUUAUCAACAUCAUUUUCUACAUUUGAAAAAAAAAGACAAGCAUUCUGAUCAUAAUGUUGUGUAAACAUUUCAGUAUCAAUAUCAUUUGUUAUCUGUCUAAUAGCCAAUAUUGAUAAUUGAAGAAUAGUUUGUCUGAAAUCUGUUAGGUAUUCAGUCGAUGAUGCAUUUCCUAGAACUAACAUGGACAGAUUUAGAUAGAUGUCGCAACGCUAGUAAGAUUUAUUUUUGAUUUGGAUAAUAUUAUAUUUUUUUACGCUUA